AUGCCAGUCCUGCCAUAUCAUGUUCCGAAAACUUUGAAACAUCUCAAUGUCACUUCAGCUUUAACAUCGGUACAAGAACUUCUUCCACAGCUAAACGGUAAUCUAACGAAAGGUGAAUGUGGGCGUAUCGGUGUUGUUGGUGGUUCAUUAAUUUAUACCGGAGCACCAUAUUUUUCAGCUAUUACAGCACUAAAAGUGGGAUGUGAUAUGGUACAUGUAUUUUGUCCUGCUGAAGCAGCAAAUGUAAUCAAAGGAUAUAGUCCGGAGUUAAUGGUACAUCCAUCAUAUGAUAAAGAUGCAAUUACAGAAUCACUACAUCGUGUUGAUGCUUUUAUCGUAGGACCGGGUCUUGGAAGAGAUGAAAAAACGGUAUCAGUCGUGGAAUUUGUAAUUGAAUCAGCUAGGAAAAAAAAUAUACCUAUCAUUGUAGAUGCGGAUGGUUUAUUUUUCUUAGCCAAGAAUUUGAAUAUUAUCAGUGGUUAUGAGCAAGCAAUACUGACCCCAAACCAUUCGGAAUUCAAUCGUCUCUAUCAAUCAGCUUUCAAAGUAGACAAAAUUGAUAGAGCAAAAGUUGAAUCCGGUGAAGCAGCAUGGGAGCUGGCUAGUCAUAUCGGUUGUACAAUACUACAAAAAGGGCCUCGUGAUGUAAUUACCAAUGGAGAGAAACUUUAUCGAGAAGAAUCAGUUGGUUCUCCGAGACGCUGCGGUGGACAAGGGGAUUUGCUCAGUGGUGCAUUAGCUGUCUUCUCAUAUUGGGCUAUCCGGAAAAAUGAUUCAGCACCAACGAUAUCUUCUAGUGUUGCCGCGAGUCAGCUUAUUCGUUGGGCUGCCAAAGUAUCCUUUGAAAGGAAUGGAAGGUCAUCUACAGCAAGUGAUAUGAUUGCAGAAAUACCAGGACUAAUCAGACUUUGUGAACCUUAA